ACACAAGCGGCGAGAGAUUCUCUGCAACUCUCGAUCCCUUCCUCUCUUUCUCUCUUGAUCACAAAGUGUUAUCGAUUUUUCGUUGAAGUUAGGGAAGAGUGUGCUUCGUAAUAUUGAUUAUCUGCAUAGUGUCGGUUUUGCUUAUACUUUGACGUUUCUUCUUCUUCUUCCCCAAAGAGGAUAUGAGGCAGGAGGAGUUUUGAUUUUUUGAUGAAAUCGUGAAAAGGCUUGGGUUUGAGUUAAUAAAUGUUUUGAAGAAAUGGGUACAAGAAGCGAUCUCAGAGGCUUUCUGAAACAGAGCGAAAAGAAGUCAGAAAGAUCAUCUUCAUAUCUUAUUAACUCAGCUGCUCCAGGACCAGGAGGAAGCCCUUGUUGUGAUGAGGAGGAGGAGGAGGUAGUGAAAUACAUGUCCAAGUUGCCAGGUUAUCUCCAAGCAGAAGAAAGCCUCCAAAGUAGUGGUGUUUUGAAUGUUGGGGUCUUGGAUUGGUCUCGUCUUGAGAAAUGGAAGCAUGGCCGUUCAACAUCAAGAGCAAGCCCCCCUCAUCACCACCACCACCACCACGUGCAUACUUGUUCCAAUCUCGGCAAAAAAGUUAGAGCUUCCAGGGAUCUUGGAUGCACUUUGGAACCUGAGCUGCUGCUGUCUAGGGCUUCUUCUUCUUCUUUAAAUAAGCAGGAACUGCCAACUUGUUGCAGCUAUAAGUCCUCUGCUAGAGAUCAUGAAAGAGUGAAGAGCAGAAGAAGUUCGCCUUCUUCAUCAGCUCUAUUGUCAACUAUGGGAAACUCCCGGGGAUCGAGGAGGAGCUUUAUGGUGCGGGACAAGGAGACUGAUGAGAAGAGAGCAGGGGAGGCACAAGAAGAAGAUAGACGGAAACAUUGUGUUGAUGGAGAGGACAAGACCGUCGUUGGAGGAUGUUCCAAUGCUUGUGAAAAGCAUCAGCAAGUCAGUAACCUGCGAUCAACAAAACAGUCCCGAAGCACCCUCCUUUCUAGUGAACAACCACCCCAUAUGCCUUGUCGUAACUCUAAAGUAGCAAGGGAGGUUAACCGCUCUCUCCACUUGGAGACAGAUUCUUCUGAUGAUAUGAUGCUCCCUCUUCUUCUUGGUGUUGAUCAAGAAAAGAAGACAGACCCUUCUUCACCAAGCAAGCGGUUUAGUUUUAGCUUCGGUCGUCUCAGCACAAGUUUCACCUUCAAAGAGGAGGAUUCAUCGGCUGGCCAACCUUUGACUUCUUCUUAUGAUACCAUCAAAUCUGACUCUAUGACAUUUGAUGGCUUAGCUUGUCCAUCUCAGUCAAGUAACCCGGAGGAAGAGAAGCAGAACCUUCAAUGUGGAUCUCGAGUUAGCCCUCUAAGAAGGCUGCUUCACCCUUUACUGAAAUCCAAAGGCUCUGAGAAUGUUCUUCUUCCAUCAAAACCAACAUCAACUUCUUCCAAUCAAUAUGAAAUGAAGAAGAAGCCGGAUGCAUCAAGAACAAGAGCUCUUUUACAGCUAACGACAAGAAACGGCAUCCCUCUAUUUCAGUUUGUGGUGGAUGAUGAUGAUAACCUCAACAAGAACAAGAGCAAGAGCAAGAGCAAGAGCAGGAGCAUCCUUGGGGCUACAAUGAAAAGCUUCAAAGAAGACUCAGUUCAGUACUGUACAUUCUACUCUGUUACUGAAGUCAAAAAGAAGAAAAAAAUCGGAAGCUGGCUGAUCCACCAAGAGAAACAACAACAAAAACAGCACAGGUUCGUCUACAAUGUAAUCGGUGAAAUGCGGUUAGAGGAGCAGAAAUCGGAAAGCAUGUCUUCAGUGAUGAGAGAAUCAGUACUGGUUGAUGAAACAGAGGAGGGAGUAAAAGGGAGGAAAGAGGUUGCAGCCGUUGUGAUCAAGAAGAAGAAGAAGAUGCCUGGGGAAGAAGUCUACGGGGAAACAACCACUGUGAUCAUUCCAGGUGGCGUUCACAGUAUACCGAAGAAAGGAGGACCGACACCGUUGAUUAGGAGGUGGAGAACGGGAGGGUGUUGCGACUGCGGUGGCUGGGAUGUGGGAUGUAAACUCCAUGUGUUCUCCAACAAAACUUUCCUCCAUCACUUGUUUGACCAAACCUUCCAACUUUUCCAUCAGGAAGAAAGUGAUAAAAAGUGUGGUGGUCCGGUGUUGGAGAUGACAGAGGUGAAGAGAGGGAUAUAUAGGGUGGAGUUUGGUUCGUUUCUUUCGCAUCUACAAGCUUUUUUUGUGUGCGUGACGGUUAUCACUUGUGCCUCCGAGGAGGAGGAAACUGUGUCAAAGAAAUCUUCCUUACCGUUUGCUCCGCCUCUGUCUCCUGUUGGUAGAGCCUGAGUAUUUAGUAUCCCCCACACACACAAACUCGGUGACAGAGAGAGUAUGUAAUGCUUGUCUUUGGAUAGAGAGAGAGUAUAUGCCAUAUUGUCGAUAGUUGACAAUCAAUUUGGAUGUAGUGGGGGAUGUUUUAGCCUCUCUAUAUUCAUUGAAGCACUGAAAGGUGACUAGUUCACUUGCAUUGAGUUCAUCAUGCUCUGUCUUUUCCAAAAGAGAAAAAGAAUUUAAGUAGCAUCUGUACUUUUUUUUGUGUGGUCAAAGUACCUACCACCUGUA